GUUAUAAAUGUUUCAGAGAGAAGAUGAGUGCGAUAAUGAACGCGGCCGCAGACGUGAUCACCGGCUCGGCCAUCGCCACCGCGAGCACUGAGGUGGCAUGGUUCAUUCCGAUGCUGGUGGCUGCAGUGGCAUACUACCAAUACGACCAGACAGACCCAGAGGGCAGGCCAGCGGACGUGACCAGUGAUCACCUGCUGCCAGAAUAUGAUUUUAUCAUAGUGGGAGCGGGCUCUGCCGGUGCUGUAGUCGCAAACAGACUUUCCGAGAUCGGUCACUGGAAAGUUCUUCUUUUAGAAGCCGGUGGAGAUGAGACGGAGAUAUCGGAUGUGCCGCUUCUGGCGGGAUACUUGCAACUCAGUAAAUUAGACUGGAAGUACAAGACUGAACCACAAGGAACCUCUUGUUUAGCAAUGGAGGGCGGAAGAUGCAAUUGGCCGCGAGGAAAAGUCCUCGGAGGUAGUUCGGUACUAAACUAUAUGCUGUACCUACGAGGAAACAGAAAGGACUAUGACAACUGGGAGGCCAUGGGAAACAAAGGUUGGAGUUACAAGGACGUAUUGUACUAUUUUAAAAAAUCUGAAGACAACCAAAAUCCUUAUCUGACUCAAACACCUUAUCACAGUACUGGAGGAUAUUUGACAGUUGCCGAGGCACCGUAUCAUACGCCGCUAGUAUCCAGCUUCAUAGAAGGUGGUUUAGAGAUGGGAUAUUUAAAUAGAGACAUCAACGGUGAGAAUCAAACGGGAUUUAUGGUCGCCCAAGGAACAGUCCGUCGCGGCAGUCGGUGCUCUACAGCAAAGGCUUUUCUCAGACCUGCAAAAGACCGUAACAAUUUGCAUAUCGCCAUGCAUUCAUUUGCCACAAAAGUACUAAUAGAUCCAAGAACUAAGAUAGCUUUUGGUGUCGAAUUCGUACGUAAUAAAAUGGUACAACGCGUCAGAGCUCGCAAGGAAGUCAUCCUAUCAGCUGGAACGAUAAAUUCCGCACAACUACUGAUGCUAUCUGGUAUUGGUCCAGCGGAGGAAUUAACAAAACAUCGUAUUCCUAUCGUACAAAAUCUGAGAGUUGGGAGAAAUCUUCAAGACCAUAUCGGUGCAGGUGGUUUGACAUUUAUGGUCAAUAAGAAGAUAUCUAUAGUGGAACACCGUCUACACACAGUCAGCACAUUAAUGGAAUACGCGGUCUUAGGUAAAGGACCCUUAACUAUCAUGGGUGGUGUGGAGGGAUUAGCUUUUGUGAACACAAAAUACGCAAACGCGUCAGAUGAUUUCCCCGAUAUAGAAUUUCACUUCAUAUCGGGUUCCACAAAUUCAGAUGGCGGGGAACAACUACGUAAAGUGCACGGCCUCACUGAUGAAUUCUAUGAUGCCGUGUUCCGUCCCAUAAAUAACAUGGACGUGUGGAGCAUAAUUCCAAUGCUGCUACGACCAAAAAGCAAAGGCUUUAUACAACUUAGAAGUUCCAGUCCGUACGACUAUCCCUACAUCUACCCGAACUAUUUGACUGAGGAAGAAGAUGUUAAAACAUUGAUAGAGGGUGUUAAGAUUGCUGUCGCAUUAUCGCAAACUAGAGCUUUUCAAAGACACGGAUCAGUAUUAAACAAACACGUGUUCCCAGCAUGUGCAAAAAUGCAGAGAUAUACUGACGAGUACUGGGAAUGUAUGAUCAGGCAGUAUACUUGUACAAUAUACCAUCCAGUGGGCACUGCCAAAAUGGGACCAUUUUGGGACCCAGAAGCUGUCGUUGAUAGCGAGCUAAGAGUGUACGGGGUAAAAGGUUUACGUGUCAUAGAUGGCAGUGUAAUGCCUUCUCUAGUUAGCGGCAAUACUAAUGCUCCGAUUAUUAUGAUCGGAGAGAAAGGUAGCGACAUGAUAAAGCAGUUUUGGCUGCGCAGAAGAAUAUCAAGGUAUUACGCCUGAUGUACAAGUUAUACAUUUAGUAUUCAACAGUAUU